AAGGCAAGAAGAGAAGGAGGAUACGCAAAUGUGUUUUGUGUGGGACGAUGAUCCCACACAUGACCCUUCACAUCCAAAGAAAACACUCCAAUCUUACACUUCAAGAGAGACAUGAAUAUCGUGAAAUUAUGCUCAGAGAGACACCAGUUUUGAGAUCAAAGGGCAGCAAAAGAAGAAGGAAACUUUUAAAAUGCCCUCUCUGUCCUUCAAAUGUACAGAGGCUUGAUGAUCAUAUCAUGAACAUCCAUGGCAAGAAGCGUGGCUCAAAAAUAAUGAAGGCUCUGAUUGCAAAAGCAAGAGAAUUUGAGGGCGAGAGAGCUGCCACUGGUGAAAGUACUUCAUCUCUUCAGAAGCAUCGUCAGAAGAAUAUCACACAAGUAUCUCAAGCACAGGUAGUCUUAGUGGAACAGACCUCAAAUGAGUUGGGAGUAGAGGAACUGGGGGAUAUAAGAACGGGAGCAAAUGGAUGUAGAGAAGACGGAACAGAAACGAAAAGAACAGAAGAAGACGGGAAGGAAAGAGCCAGGACAGAAGAAGACGGGACAAAGGCGGACAGGACAAUAGUUGGGACGGAAGACAAAACCAAACAAUACAGCGACAGAGAAGAUCAAGCUGACAUAACUUUAAAAGAUCAAACAGGAGGAGAGGGACUGGACAAAGAUCUUUCUCAAGAAGACAGGAUUGAAGAGGCAGAAGGUUAUGAAAGUGCAAACACUCAAGUCCAGGAUUAUUACAGUUUCUUGUUUUCCCCUUGA